GUGCGUGCGCGAGCUGCGGCGACUGAGAGUGGGGAGCCGGUCGUGCCGCGCCGCGGUUCCGGGGCCAUGAUCCGGAACGGGCACGGGGAGGCAGGCGGCGCCGAGCGGCCGGGCCCAGGGGGCAGGCGAGCCGUGCGGGUGUGGUGCGACGGCUGCUAUGACAUGGUACAUUAUGGCCACUCCAACCAGCUGCGCCAGGCACGGGCCAUGGGUGACCACCUCAUCGUGGGUGUACACACUGACGAGGAGAUCGCCAAGCACAAGGGGCCCCCAGUGUUUACUCAGGAGGAAAGGUACAAGAUGGUGCAGGCCAUCAAGUGGGUGGACGAGGUGGUGCCAGCAGCCCCCUAUGUCACCACGCUGGAGACGCUGGACAAGUACAGCUGCGACUUCUGCGUCCACGGCAAUGACAUCACACUGACUGUAGAUGGCCGGGACACCUACGAGGAAGUGAAGCAGGCUGGGAGGUACAGAGAAUGCAAGCGCACCCAGGGGGUGUCCACCACAGACCUCGUUGGCCGCAUGCUGCUCGUGACCAAGGCCCAUCACAGCAGCCAGGAGAUGUCCUCUGAGUACCGGGAGUACGCAGACAGCUUUGGCAAGCUCUCUCACCCGACACCCUCCAGGGAGACACUUUCCUCAGGCGGCUCCUCCCAGUGUCCUGGGGGGCGGAACCCUUGGACAGGGGUGUCCCAGUUUUUACAGACAUCCCAGAAGAUCAUCCAGUUUGCUUCGGGGAAGGAGCCCCAGCCAGGGGAGACGGUCAUUUACGUGGCUGGUGCUUUUGAUCUGUUCCACAUCGGGCACGUGGACUUCCUGGAGAAGGUACAUGGCCUGGCGGAGAGGCCCUACGUCAUCGCCGGCUUGCACUUUGACCAGGAGGUCAACCACUACAAGGGGAAGAACUACCCCAUCAUGAACCUGCAUGAGCGGACCCUGAGCGUGCUGGCCUGCCGGUACGUGUCCGAAGUGGUGAUUGGGGCCCCGUACUCGGUCACAGCAGAGCUCCUGGAUCACUUCAAGGUGGACCUGGUGUGUCACGGGAAGACGGAAAUCGUGCCUGACAAGGAUGGCUCCGACCCAUAUGAGGAGCCCAAAAGAAGGGGUAUUUUCUGUCAGAUCGACAGUGGGAAUGACCUCACCACGGAUCUCAUUGUCCAGCGUAUCAUCAAGAACAGGCUGGAGUACGAGGCCCGGAACCAGAAGAAGGAGGCCAAGGAGCUGGCCUUCCUGGAGGCCAUGAGGCAGCAGGAGGCGCGGCCCGAGAGGGAGAGCGACUGUGACUUCUGACCAGAGGGGAGAGGUCGCCAAGGGCCCUCCGAGUGCUCGCCCUGUCCCAGCCCUGCCUCGAGAGCUUGGCUCGGUUUUUAACAAAGCUGCGGUGCCCUCCUUUCCAACCACCCGGCUGUGGAAGGGCUGGUGUGGAGGACACUGCCUUUCACCCUGCCCGUGAGGUGUCCGUCUUGCAGCAGGCCCUCCUGCCCUUCCUGCCGAGCUGCACAGGGAGGGGAUCCAGCACAGUGGAGCAGCCCAACAGGCAGGAUGAGCAGGGGGCACCUUCAACAGAGGGGUGCCACCCUGCGUGCCAGGGAAGGCCCAGUUUCCAUCCUUCCAGCUCUGCUGCUGCUCCCCAUUCUGCCCCCAGGAAGCUCCUGCAGACCCUGGAUGCCCCCCACUGCCCAGCUCGAGGCGGUGGCCUUCCUGCCCGCCCGGCCUCCGUGGGAGCCAGCUUCAGGGAGCAAUGACCCAGGGGCCCGGCCCCUUUCCUCCUCAGAGUGCAGACCAUGCCGCCUCCCACGUGAGCGGCCUCUGCCCUGCAGUGUGUCCCUGCCCUGGUGCCCCGGGGCCUGACGCCCGGACGCUGCACCCCCUGCUUCCCGGGCCAGCCUCCCCUCAGACUGUUCUCGGUUUUGUACCUGACCAGCUGGUGUGCAACCGAAUAAACCUGCUGGGAGGUGCUCUGCCUCGGGCUCUCAACCCUGAAGGGCAGGACCAGGAAACCCACCACCUUGGCCCUGCUCCCCGCUGCCCACCCAGCAAGGAGGGGGGCAGCAGGCAGCAUGACGGCAGCAAGGAACCCCCCAGAUCUGGGCCCCCAGACACCUCCAGCUGCCUCCCACAUGGCAGGCGACAAAAAAAGGGGAGGGAGGCAAGGACCAACAGAGUACCUUUGGCCCCAGGGUCUGUCAUGGGGAAAAUGAGAGGCUGACACCCCGCGGCCCACAUAGGGCUACCUGAUCCAGGAAGGAAUUAGGGGCUGCUCCCUGGCCCGAUCCACAGAAUCUCAGGGUCUUCUGUACCCAAGUCAGGGUACACUUGGAGUAGUGCAGUGGCUGCAGGGUGCUGACCCCGGUCACCUCUUGAUGGGCGGGGGGGGUGUGGCAGUGGUUUAUGGUUCUGUGGUGUUCAAGAGUGAGGACUGUGAUGUUUUUUCAGUCCUCUGUCAGUUUCCUCCAGAAUGGCCUCUGCCCUGCAGCUGCUGAGCCAGAUGGGGCUGGAGUACCCUGUGGCCUGGCCCCAGGGGAGCCCCUGGCCAGCAUUCACUCCUUCUGGAAGGUGGGCCUGUCCUUUCUUUUGGCCCUUAAGGUCCAGCCUAGAACCCACGCAGGAAGCUGCAGUGGGGGACUGCGGUGCACGCACCCUGGCCGGGCAGCUGCUGCCCUGCUUCCUUUUUUCCGUCCUCGAGUGGGGGGAGCUCACUAAGCUGUGAGAGGCACAGGGCCCUCCCUGCACCCCCGCCCCACCUGGGCCCCCAAUUUCAGGAGCCCGGUGAUGCCAGACCUUCCCACGCUCAGAUCCCUGGGCGGCAGGGAUCAGCCAGUCCCCUGUAGACUCUGAUGUGAGGGUGGGACACAGGAGCAGCCGAAGGGUUCCUCUUGAGACUGGAGUCAGCCCCAGGCCUUCUGAGAACCCCCUGCUGGGUGGCACCGAAAAGUGAGGACUGGGGGACAGUCCACAGCAGCAGUCAGGAAGCCCCAGGUGAGCCACGGUUGGAGGAGACUCAGGGCCUGGGGGUCCAGGAGGUGGGCGCCUCCAGAGACUGGUCCACCCAGGUGCAGCAGGAUUGCGGGUCCCACCCCCAGCCUAAGUGGAGGGCCGGUGGGUCCAGCUCCCUUGGGCCCCCUGAGGCCCAGCUGGCAAGGCCCCAUGGCGUGGGGGACACCACUGAGACAGGCUGCGGACCUCUGGGACCAGGGCUCAGGCCAAGGACUCAAGGCAACUUCAUGGGGCGUGGGGAGGGCAAAUCAAUCUGCUAAGAUCCCCACAAGUGAAUUAGGGAAUUAGCCUGAGUGUGGGGUGGGGGGAGGCUGGCACAAGGCAGCCGUGCUCAGGAGAUUUGGCCCUACACAGCCCCUCCCUCCUCAAGGUGGGGCAGCACCCACUGCUUUGGGGAUAUCUGCUUCCCUGUGGGUCUAGGGAGGGCUGAACAAAGAGCUCCCAGGCCUGGGAGGAGCCAGCUGCCUGAUGUCAGAUUCAGGACUCAGCUGGGGUGGGGCCCAGCUUUGUCAUCCCCCUGGUGCAGCCCCUCCUGGUCCUGGAGCUGCACAUCUGGCUGCCUUCCCACUCCUCGGCCCAGCCUAUUCAUUAAUUCACUUGGCACAAGUAUUGUCCUGUGCUGUGUACUUUGAGGAGUUUUGGGGGGCUCCAAGAAGCGUGACCCCAGAGCUGCCCCUCUGGUAAGGGAGAUCUUUGGUCUCAAGAAACCUAGAAUUUGAGGCAGGAGGGCCUCCCGGUGUGGAGUGUUCAGGGGAAGCUCUUAUAAGGCAGGACAUUUGAGCUGGCCUAAUAGACUGAUGGCUAGUGGGCGACCCAGGCACCACCUGCCAGGAGGAUCCAGGAGCUGCGUGGACAAAGGCAGGGAGGUGUCGGGCAGGGACUGGAGGUGGGGGACAUGGAGAGAAGCCUUGCAGAACCAGAUGUGGGGCUCCAGAAGAUGUCUGGGGCCGAUACAGCUAGAGGCCCAGCAGCAUUUUGCCAGCAGUGGGGUUUGGGAGCUCCUGUGCAGGUGUUUGGGUGAAGCCUGUUGGCCUGAGGGCCCUAGUUGCUGUCUGUGCUCCUAGGUGGCCAGAGUCCGGGUUUGGAGAUUCACGGGUACUUGCCCACUCCGUCUGCUGGGCCCACCCCCCACCCCCAGAGG